AUGCCAUCCCUAAGUAAAGCAAAAUGUGCUGCAAAACAACGUGCAUCCGAUAAAGAAAUACCUGAAGAAAUGCCAAAUGAACUUGAAGGUAGUGGUGGUAAUGGUGAAGAAGGAAUGCUAAAUGAACUUGAAAGUGGUGAUGAAAAUAAUUCUGAAGGUGGUGGUGAAGAAGAAAUAUUAAAUAUAUUUGAUGAUAAUGGAGGAAAUUUGUGGGGUGAUGAAGAAGAUAGUGGCUGGGAAUCGGAAAGUGAUAUUGAGAUAGAAUAG